AUGGAGGGGCCAAAUGUGGAGGAAGAGUGUUAUUCACAAAUGGAGGGGGAGGAUGGUUUUGUGGCUCUGGUCCACUGCUCUGAAAAAAUUCAAAAGAGCAAAAGGCAUGGUGUGAAAUUCAUGGAUAGAGAAUUGCUUAGUAUUUUCAUCCGAUCUUCGAGUAUGUUGGCAGAGAUUAAGCUCAGCAUAUUACGGAAGCUCGGGUCGGAUGAAGACCUGCAGGUCUUGUUUCACUAUAGGCGUAGUUUUCCGGAGGUGAGGAUAUCUGAGCUGCUUGCGAAGUUAGAAGAUGGUGUCAACAGCUCUGGGGCAUCAGCACCGAAUCCUCCGUCGACCACGGUCGGUGGUGCCUCGACAUCGUUGCCUGUGGUAGUAGCGGCAGUUCUGAUUCCUGAGGCCGAACGUGCUGGGGCUGUUCAUGCUAGUGUGCCUACUGUUGUGCCUGAUUUUGAUUUUGAGGCAGGACUGGAUCGAGUUAAGAAUGCGUUGCGUGACGAUGAUUCGGAUGAAGAGCCGGUCGAUAUCGGUGGGGACAGUGAUGAUAAUAUUCCAAGAGGUGCACCUACAGCCCAUGGAGGUUCCGGUUCUGGAACACAAGAGUACCAUCCACACUUGUCGUCCUUGAACUUGGAAGCCAUCAGCCAACACCAGAAUUUAGAGGCAACCUUCGUGGGGCAGGGUAUGCAUGAUGGGAAUCCUUUGACGGAAUUCCAAAUUGGCCAAUCGUUCCAGAGUAAGGAGGAAGCCGUGCUGAGUGUAAAAGAUUAUAGCAUUCGGCGUGGAGUUGAGUACAGAUUUAUGGAAUCAGACAAUCUGAAAUACCAAGGGAGAUGCAAGGAGUUUGGUAACGGGUGCACGUGGUUGAUUCUUAUAGUCAUGCGAAAAAGGAAGAGCACAUGGGAAGUUAGGAGGUACAACGGACCACACACGUGUAUGGCCACAUCGAUAUCGAGCGACCACAAGCAGCUUGAUUAUCAUGUCAUAUGUGCGAGGAUCUUUCCAUUGGUUAGAGCUGAUGCGUCAGUGUCUAUUAAGGUGCUGCAAGAGGCAACGGAGGCGACAUAUGGUUUCAGGCCUAGUUAUCGGAAGGUGUGGUUGGCGAAGCAGAAGGAAGUAGCAUAG